AUGGACACUAUGGACUUCGUACAACAGGAUCAAUUUAUUCGAGAUUGCAUAUUCAACAACUUAUUACUUGAUGAUGAUUUUUUCAAUGAUGUUGAUGAUGAUGACGGUUUUAUAAGUGGUUUUGUGCAUGUUCAUCAGGAUAUUGAAGAGGCCAGUUUUCCCGAAAUGAGCUCUUUCUACAUUUCUUCAUCAACUGACCACACAACACCCUUGUCGCCAAUUGCAACCACAUUGGAACACCACUCGGAAAUACCAAUGUCAACACCAGUCCAUAACUUACCAACAAAAGAGUACAGUGAGAAAUUUUGCACACCAAGAACUCUACUUGCUAUCCAAUCAAUCGGAUCCAAUAAUACAGUAAAUAUUGAAAACUUACCACCAUUAACUUUCAAACCAAACAUAUGGUCAUAUCAAAAAGAUACCCAAGAUCAAGUCAUACACUUUAUAAACUUUAAACAGCAAUCUGACAAUUGCGGUAAUCAACAAAAAAUAGAACUUGCUUCCCAGCUGAAAACAGAAUCAUUUCACCAACUUCCUUAUUCAGAUUUGACACAACAUCUGACACAUUCAAAACAGACCAAUAAAUUUACUGAAAAAAACAACAGCUAUGCCAAUAAUAUCAUAAACAAUGGCCAAACACGUCGCUUCAGUGAGGCCUCCUCAACUGACUCAAUGCUAUUUUCACCAACAAUCAUGGAUUUGCCUACACCAACUUCAUUUCCAGUAACACCAGUAACCACUGCACAUCAUAUUACUACCACACCAGCUAACAAUUACUUUGCCCCGCACUAUUAUCAAAAACACAACAAUACCGAUAACAGCAACAACAAGAGCAACGGUGGCAUCAGACCCACGCACAUUCAGCAAUUACAUCGUGAUUCUUUGCUUCCUCCUCCUCCUCCUCCUCCUCCUCCUCCUCCUCUUCAUUCUUCUUCUUCUUGUCCUUCUUCCAUUGCUUCUUCCUGUUUGACAUUUAGAAACUUUCUGGGAACUGUUUUCACUGUUCCAUAUAACUCGCUAUUUUUUGUUAUUAAAUCAUACAGCAUUCUCGAUGUCAAUGCUUCAUUUCAACAUCUGAUAUGGACCUCGACUGAAUUGGGCAAUAAAAGACUUGACAAGGCAUUUUACGAUCUUCACUCGACUUCGUCCACCCACCCCUUGUGCGGAAAAGUCUUUCUCUUUUUCCUGGUCAAUUCAUCGGGUAAAUUCUGUGGAGUUGCUGAAAUGAAGAAUAGAGUUGAUUUCAAUGAUACUAGGGAUAUAUGGAUUGAACAAAGCAGAUGGAAAGGCAUAUUCCCCAUAGAAUGGUUAUUGGUUAAAGAUGUACCAAAUAAGUAUUUUCAGCAUUUGAAAGUACCAGCUAAUGAGUUUAAGCCGGUGACAAAUUCAAGAGACACACAAGAGAUUCCAUUUGAAGUGGGAAUCUCUAUGUUGAAAAUUAUCAGCUCAUUCAGGUGCCCAUGA